GUCAUGCACGGCAUUAGCAUCAUAGUAGAAAAAAAGGUCUCGGUCUACGUCACAAUUACGUGUAUUGUGUGCCUUGCUCAUGUCCAUGUUAGAUGUUAGACAGAGUAAAAAAGUAAGCGAAAUGAUGAUCAGCUUACUGCCAAAUACAAUGAUUCUAUUCAUUAUUCAGCCAAUCAUGAAUUUUGUAAACACGUGACCGUUGCUGGCGCAUGCUCCGUUUAAAUUGGAGCUCCAAACUCCAAAGAGUAGGGAGAGUAAAGUGGCGCUGGCGCACAACACGCGACCUUUUCAAAACUCGGCGCAGCGAUUCGCAAUCUUGGCGAGCAAGAAGUCGUCUGCGUCGUCUGGUUCUGCGCGUGGCGCGCAAUAAAUCCCCUCGCAUUAUAUUGUAUAUCUAUAGCUAUCAUAUGCGCGAUACAUACAAGUAACAAUCGUAAAAGAGCAACAAAUAAAAUGAAAUCAAAUUGACCGAUAGGUCGGUGAUUAAUACUUGGUCAUGUGCAUCGCUGCGAAUUUUUCAACGAAAUGACAUGCGAGACAUGCUUCUUAGCACGACACGUCGUUUCUGGACUUGAAAUACACAAUCUAUAAAACUCGGACAGUCUAUAAUAUAAGCAGAAUAAAAUUAUAGCACAGUACGAGCGUGGCUCUAGUCAUACGUCGUUGUCGUCGUCGUCAUCGGCGUUAUAGAAAACACGACCAAUUUCAACGGCUUGCACAUGCUUACAUAAUAAUGAAACACGCUGCACCGUUUCUGGUACAAAUAACAAACUGACGACUUUAAAAUGCAUCAGUGAAUGAUAAGGAUCAUUUUUUAAUUAUGAUUGUCGCUGGGAGUUGUCAGCGGCUAGCAUGUUUCACAAAAGUGCUAAAUUCCUUCCACAAUGGUCUACAAUUUUGCCAAAGAGGUGACAUUUAUGUAUACAGGAAAAUUCAUUCAUCCGCAGUUGUGUACAUUUGUCCAAGCUCAGCCAACAAAAGUAGUAAUACCAAAAAGAAACAAUUAUGUACAAAUUAUCCGCUGACAAAUGUUCAAAAGCACUCCAAAGUUUCACACAUACUAUUAAAAAAUGUAAAACAUUAUAGUAUAGCAGCUAAAAUAGUGGAAAAAUCACCAGCCAAAGUCCAACCUUAUAUGAAACUUAUGAGAAUCGAUAAACCAAUCGGUUCCUGGUUACUAUUUUGGCCAUGUGGAUGGAGUAUAGCUAUGGCAGCUCCUGCUGGAGCAUUUCCAGAUCCUGGGAUGCUAGCACUUUUUGGAGUUGGAGCUUUUAUUAUGAGAGGGGCCGGUUGCACAAUUAAUGAUAUGUGGGACAAAGAUAUAGACAAAAAAGUUGCCAGAACAAAAGAUAGGCCUUUAGUUACAGGUGAAGUAUCUCAAAUGCAAGCAUUAACUUUUUUGGCUGGCCAACUAAGUAUGGGUUUGUUGGUUCUCACACAACUUAAUUGGUACAGCAUUGUUCUGGGUGCCAGUUCAUUAGGUUUAGUAGUAAUUUAUCCUUUAAUGAAAAGAGUGACAUAUUGGCCCCAACUAAUAUUAGGCAUGACAUUCAAUUGGGGAGCCUUGCUAGGAUGGUCCGCUAUUCAGGGCCAAUGUGAUUGGACAGUGUGUUUACCUCUAUAUGCAGCUGGUAUAUGCUGGACAAUAUUAUAUGAUACCAUUUAUGCUCAUCAGGAUAAAGUGGAUGAUAUACUUCUUGGAAUUAAAUCUACUGCUCUCAAGUUUGGAGAUAAAACAAAAUUAUACCUCAGUGGUUUUGGUGUAACAAUGAUUGCUAAUUUGGUUGCUGCUGGAUAUUUUGCAGAACAAGCUCUUCCUUAUUAUGGCGCUGUAUCAAUAGUUGGAGGUCACCUUUUAUAUCAGUUGUACACACUAGAUAUUAAUGAUCCAAAAAAUUGUGCUAAGAAAUUCAUCUCCAACCAUAGGGUUGGAAUGAUCUUAUUUGCUGGCAUCAUUUUAGGUAAUUUAGCUAAAAAUACUAUUAACAACAAAGUGACAGAAGUCGAAAAUUUAAACAAACUUGAACAAAAGAACAUUCUUUCAAAAGUUGCUGUUCCUCUUUGAUCGAGUGAAAAAUUGUAAAUAUUAGUUCAGUGUUUCAAACGAUCUACUAUUUGUAAAGAUUUUUAUGAAUGAUUAAUGUGAAUAUCAUUGUAAAUAUUUUCAUUAAAAAAAUUGUAAGAACGCCAAAGUACAGUUCUUUGCAAUGCAAAGUGUAUAAUAAAAUCUGUUUUAUAAAAAUAAAUAAUUUUAUGUCAAAUGUUUGUAAAA